AUGGCUCCUUGGCCCGAGUUGGAAAAUGCCCAGCCCAACCCCAAUAAAUUCAUUGAAGGGGCCUCAGGUCCACAGUCUAACCCAGUAGCCAAGGACAAGGAGGCCAGCAAAAAUGACCGUGGGGCUCCUGUAACCAAGAUUGAACUUCUACCUUCCUAUUCCACCACGGUCCUCAUAGAGGAGCCCGCUGAGGGGAGUGACCCCUGGGACCUGCCUGAACUCCAGGACACCGGGAUCAAAUGGUCAGAGAGAGACACCAGAGGGAAGAUUCUCUGCAUUUUCCAGGGGAUUGGGAAAUUCAUCCUUCUCCUGGGCUUCCUCUACUUGUUCGUCUGCUCCUUGGAUAUACUCAGCAGCGCCUUCCAACUGGUUGGAGGGAAAAUGGCCGGGCAGUUCUUCAGUAACAACUCCAUCAUGUCUAAUCCCGUGGCCGGCCUCGUGAUUGGGGUGCUGGUGACGGUCAUGGUGCAAAGCUCCAGCACCUCUUCGUCCAUCAUCGUCAGCAUGGUUGCUUCCUCACUGCUGAGCGUGCGGGCUGCCAUCCCCAUCAUCAUGGGAGCCAACAUCGGAACGUCCAUCACCAAUACUAUCGUGGCCCUUAUGCAGGCAGGAGACCGGAAUGAGUUCAGAAGGGCAUUUGCAGGGGCCACUGUCCACGACUUCUUCAACUGGCUCUCUGUGUUUGUGCUCUUGCCUCUGGAGGCUGCCACCCAUUACCUGGAGCUCUUGACCAACCUUGUGGUGGACACCUUCCCGUUCAAGAAUGGAGAAGAUGCCCCAGACAUUCUGAAAGUCAUCACAGACCCCUUCACAAAGCUCAUCAUCCAGCUGGAUAAAAAGGUCAUCCAGCAAAUUGCAAUGAGUGACCCCGAAGCCCAGAACAAGAGCCUGGUCAAGAUCUGGUGCAAAACUAUAACCAAUGUGACUCAGAUGAAUGUCACCGUUCCCUCAUCUGACAACUGCACCUCUCCUUUACAUUGCUGGACUGAUGGCAUACAGACUUGGACCAUCCAGAAUGUCACCCACAAGGAAAACAUUGCUAAAUGCCAGCACAUCUUCGUGAAUUUCAAUCUCCCAGAUCUUGCUGUGGGCAUCAUCCUGCUUACCGUCUCCCUUCUGGUCCUCUGUGGCUGUCUGAUUAUGAUAGUCAAGCUCUUGGGUUCUGUGCUCAGGGGACAGGUUGCUGUUGUCAUCAAGAAGACACUUAAUAUGGAUUUCCCCUUUCCCUUUGCCUGGUUGACUGGCUACUUAGCCAUCCUUGUGGGGGCAGGCAUGACCUUCAUCGUACAAAGCAGCUCUGUGUUCACUUCUGCCAUGACGCCACUCAUUGGUAUUGGAGUGAUCACCAUCGAGAGGGCGUAUCCACUCACGCUGGGCUCCAACAUUGGCACCACCACCACUGCCAUCCUGGCGGCCUUAGCCAGCCCAGGCAGCACCUUGAGGAGUUCUCUCCAGAUUGCCCUGUGCCAUUUCUUCUUCAACAUCUCCGGAAUCUUGCUGUGGUACCCGAUCCCAUUCACCCGACUGCCCAUCCGUCUGGCCAAAGGCCUGGGCAACAUCUCUGCCAAGUAUCGCUGGUUCGCAGUCUUCUACCUCGUCUUCUUCUUCUUCCUGACCCCGCUGACCGUGUUUGGCCUGUCUCUGGCAGGCUGGCCAGUGCUGGUGGGCGUGGGUGUGCCCAUCGUCCUACUGCUGCUGCUGAUCCUGUGCCUCCGGAUGCUGCAGUCCCGCUGCCCUCAUGCGCUGCCCCUGAGGCUCCGGGACUGGAAUUUCCUGCCCUUGUGCAUGCACUCCCUGAAACCCUGGGACAACGUCAUCUCCCUGGCCACUACCUGCUUCCAGAGACGCUGCUGCUGCUGUUGCCGCGUGUGCUGCCGUGUGUGCUGCAUGGUGUGUGGCUGCAAGUGUUGCCGCUGCAGCAAGUGCUGCAGGGACCUUGAAGAGGGGGAAGAGGAGCAGGAUGUCCCAGUCAAGGCCUCCGGGGCCUUCGACAAUGAAGCGAUGAGCAAAGAGUCCCAAGAUGAGGGCAAGGGACAAGUGGAGGCCAUGGGCAUGAAGGCCAUGUCUAAAACCACGGUGUUCUAG